CAAGCAUUUUUAUUUAUUUUCGUAUUUGGGCAUUAUUUACUCGCAAACGAUUACCAUGAUUUACGUUCUAUCGUUCACAGUAAUUGUUUUGAUGACCGCGUUCAAUAUUUUUGUGCGGUACAGAAGGAAAGGCAGAUUAGCUAAUAUAAUACCAGGACCUUCUCCUUAUCCAUUUAUUGGGAAUAUGUUAUCAUUUGAUAUAGGAAAUCCAGUAAAAUUAUGGGAAGUAAUACGCAGUAUCAGUCACAAGUGGUAUCCAGUAACGCGCGUGUGGAUGACAACGGAAGCUCUAUUUAGUAUUCGACAUCCCGAUGAUUUCGAGAUUUUAUUUACUAGCCAAAGAGCUAUUACAAAAGGCUUUACGUAUAAUCAUUUACAUUGUUGGCUACGAACUGGUCUUCUAACAAGUACAGGCGAAAAAUGGAGAAAACGACGAAGAAUGUUAACACCGGCAUUUCACUUCAACAUUCUACCUAGGUACAUGGAUAUUACAGUAGAACAAGGAGAACAACUCAUCCAGUAUCUCAGUUCCUCUGGAAAAGAAACGGUCGAGUCUAUAUUCCCGCUUAUCUCACAAUAUACUUUAAAUAUUAUUUGUGAAGCUGCAAUGGGUUUGGAUUUGAGUAAAAUAGAUCAAAAGAUCACGAAAAAAUACAAAGAAACGAUUCAUACGAUCGGAAACUUUGUCGUUUGGAGAAUGCCAAGGCCUUACAUCCACGAUUGGAUGUUAAGAUUAACCCCCUUUCUGAAAUUUAAUCGAGAUAUGAAAAAUGCUUUGUCAGUACUUCACGAUUUUACUAAUAAGGUAGUGCAAGAACGUCGAAAGUACCAUGAAGAAAAUGGUUAUAACUAUUUACAAGAUUUUUCCGAUGAAGCUCAACACUCGGAAAAAAAUAUAUAUAUUGGUCGUAAGAAAAAAUUAGCUAUGCUUGAUUUGCUUUUGGCGUUAGAAAAAGACGGUUUGAUUGACGAUGAAGGCAUUCGAGAAGAAGUCGAUACCUUUACAUUCGAGGGUCACGAUACGACCGCAGCCGCCAUAAGUUAUACUCUGAUGCUGUUAGCCGAAAACAAAGAUGCUCAGGAUGCAGCCAGAGCUGAAGUGACAGCCGUAUUGAAAAAUACCAAUGGGAAAAUUGGAAUGAGGGAAAUCCAGGAGUUUAAUUAUCUUGAAUGUUGUAUCAAGGAAUCUAUGCGUCUGUAUCCACCAGUGAGCACAGUUUUCCGUCAAAUACAAGGCGGUGAUAUACAACUAAAACACGCGUUGAUUCCUGAUGGAGCUCACGUGAUUUGUCAAAUUUUCGAUCUUCACAGAGAUGCCAACUUUUGGUUAAAUCCUGAAAAGUUUAAUCCCGAGAGAUUUUUAGCUGAAAAUUCACAAAAUCGACAUCCAUUCGCAUAUUUACCUAUGAGUGCUGGUCCACGUAAUUGCAUAGGUCAAAAGUUUGCCAUGAACGAGCUCAAGUCUUUGAUUGGCAAAAUUCUAUAUCAUUUCCAUUUGGAGCCAGUCGAGCCGAUUGCCGAUAUGAAAUUAAUCGCUGAUAUAAUAUUGCGACCGUCUGAGCCGGUUCACUUGAAAUUCAUUCGAAUAGAUAAAUGAAGCAAGUGAGUUGGAUAGUUUUCAUAUUGAUAUGCCUGACCUUUCGUCGGACAUGAUGAUUAUGAACGUUUGAGAUAUAGAUGUGCUUGUUUAAUUUAAACUCAUUGCUCGAUAAUUUUGGACAAUUACUACGUGGUGAAAUUUUAUUGUUACACGUGAAACCUCACUUUAUCAUUCUUACAUUAUGUAAAUACACAAUAAAAAAAUGAGAAACAACUGUAUGAAUUUAUGAUAAAAUAAUAAUUGACGACACAUGUAAGAUUUAUAAGAUACGAGCAAUGCUUACAACUAAUGAAAGUGUACG